UCCAUUUCCAUUGAUUUCUCGGAGAAUGCAGAGCAGAGCUUGGAAGAAUGGCGUCUUCUAAGAAACGGAAGAAGGACGACAAGGAGAAAGAGAAGCCGCGGAGCAAUGGCGCUACAAAUAUGAAAGCGAAUAAGAAGCAGAAUAAGGUGAACGGAGGCGGCGCCGCCGCUGUGGAGGAGCAGGAGGUGUAUGAGAUAUCCGAGAAUUCGACCGGAGAAUCCGAAGAAAUUGAAAGAGGAGAGAAAAUUCAGAAGAGCAAUGGAAGAAGUAAGAGUCGUAACGGGAAGAGUGUCGGGAUUCCGAAGACGAGGCGGAAGGAUGAUGAUGAUGAUGAUGAGGAGGAGGAGGACGGCGGUGGAGGCGUGGAGGAUGCGAAGUUGUGUAGGUUUCCGAUGAAUCGGAUUCGGCGGAUCAUGAGGAUCGAAAAUGUCAAUUCUCACAUCACGCAGGACGCCGUAUUCCUCGUUAACAAGGCCACGGAAAUGUUCAUCGAGCGAUUUUCUGAAGAUGCCUAUGACUGUUCGAUCCAGGACAAAAAGAAGUUCAUCCAUUACAAACACCUCUCGUCUGUAGUGAGCAACGAGGAGAGAUAUGAGUUCCUUUCAGAUUAUGUUCCUGAGAAACUUAAAGCAGAGGAUGCAUUGGAACAAUGGAAAGCGGCCGUGACAGACGCAGGCUGAAUAUUUCUCGUAGUUAAACCUUUUUUCCAAUGUGCCCAUUUCGUUCUGAACCGAUUAGGGUUACCUUUUGGUCUGCGAAAUGUGUAAUCAUAUGUGUCGCUCAGUAUUUGGUUGGGUUUGUCUGAUUCUAUUUGUUCAGAUUGGAUUCUUCUACGCAAGUGUUCUAAAAGACUCGAACCGUGUCAGGAAGUUUCUUGUUUUUGGUACAAC